AUGGCCAAACCGACAGCAAUGGCCGUAGACGCCCUUCCGAGGUUCCUGCUUCCUAGACUCAGCUGGACUGGUCCUGCGACAGCAUCCCAAGCCCUACGGCCUGUUUCGGCACACCCUCCGAGCUCGCGCCGUCGGAUGCACACCCGAACCAGUGCUUUCCACGAUUCGAAUUUACCAUCCAGAUGCCGCAGCAAUGGCUUCAAGACCGAGCGCGCCUCGAUACUGGCGAGCCCGGGCCUCACGAGGUCCUUCCAUGCGACUCCUUCAAGGCGAAGAGACCACCACUUUGAUACCUUGAAGUUCGUCCAGCGGAUGAAGAGCGAGGGCUUCACGGAAGUGCAGGCCGAGGCCACGAUGAAGGUCCUGAACGAUCAGAGCAGCAUACAGAACCUCACCCGAACCAUGGUCCUCCGCGAAGACGCCGCCAAGGCAACCUACACCCAAAAGGUCGACUUUGCCAAGCUGCGCUCCGAACUCCUGUCCGCCGAUAGCACCGAGUCGAGCACGACGCGCGCGUCCCACGAGAAGCUCGGCAACGACAUUGCGAAGCUGAGCUCCCGGCUGCGCGACGAGAUCGGCAGGACGCAGGCCAGUGUCCGCCUGGACCUGAACCUGGAGAAGGGUCGCAUCCGCGAGGAGGCUGUCGGCCAGGAGCUCAAGAUCAAGGAGACGGAAACAAAGAUUGAGCAGGAGGUGGCGGCGCUGCGCGAGAAGCUUGAGCAGGUCAAGUUCCAGACGCUGCAGUGGCUGAUGGGAGUGUGUACCGGUUUCGCCGCUCUGCUUCUUGGUGCCUGGAGGUUGCUCAUGUAA